UUCAGGUUGCAAAGCAGGAGAAGAAACUCACUGAAAUGGAGUCAAAGGGUUCGUGAUCAUCGACAGGUGGACAGCGACAGCGACUUCGAAGAGGAAACAACUGUCCUGGAUGAGGUCCAGUUGGGUGUGCCAUUGGAUGAUGUGCCAGAUGUUCCACAGCUCCUCCUUGAUGUCCAGAAUGCUGCUAUCAUCCUUGAGGAUGUGCCAGAUGUGCAGACUAUCCUUGAGGAGGCCACUGGCAAUUGGCAGUUGAUUCCGAUUAGGUUCAGCCUCCUGUACUGUGGGCCUGUUGUGAUCAGGAACAAUGCCAGUCCGGUGGUUAAAGCUUGGAGAACUUUCCAGUUCAUCAGCCCCAUCAUCACCUACAUGCGUGGGGGAUCCCAGCAGAUGGUGGUGAAGAUGCACCACGUGAGUAGGGUGAGAGGCCUGGAGACUCAACUAGUGUGGGCCAUCUCCAAGGAGACAGCCAGGCUUAGUCCAGAGGGCAUCCCCUACUGUGCCACCAAAGUGCAGUCCAUCACUUGGAUCCAGCGUGUGGCUGGCAGGGUGACCCACUAUGCGUCUCACCUCCGCCACGAGACGUCUGUGGACGUGACGCUUGGCUGCUACCAGCAGACUGAUGUCUCAGUGGUGUACGCCACUCUCCACAUGGGGCUGGACGGGCUUCUCUCCUCUUCAGCGUGGUCGGAGGCUGCCUCCUUCUCUACGCCCACCACUCAGCAGUUCACUGACCCAGAGCCUGUGGGCCACAACUGCUAUGAGGGCUGGGAGGAGGACCUGCUGCCUGAGGAGAGGGAGGUUCCUCUGCUAAACCUCUACCUUACCACCAAGAGAGUGGAGGACAUCGCCCUGAGGCUCGUCUCCCUGCGCCAGGCCUUCACUACCCUGCUUGGUUCCACCCUGAGCAGGAACCAUCUGUUUGUGGCGGGAAAGGUCCUCCUGGGCGCACUGGUUCAGGCCAACCACAUGGACGAGGCCAAGUUCAUCCUUACCUAUAACGACUUUGUGGACUAUUUGAGUGACCCCUCCAAGCGGAAUGACAUUGCGAGGGAGCUGGCUGAGGCAAAGUUGAGUUCAUUAACUCUUUCAAGUCUCACAGAGUUCUUCCACAUGCAUGUCUUUUAUACAUCACAGUAGCUGAUCUAUAUGAAAUCAUUCCUAUUUUCUCCAAACGUGUUUUCUUGUCCUAGAUCCAUCAUGUGAACAUGAUAGAUGUCCUCUUUGAGCUGGUGCUGUUUGGGAUGAUGACAGCUCAGAAGUUCCUGAUGGUGAACAGCCUCAAUUCGUCAGGGCAUGGACUCUACAAGCUGCCCUAAGCGUUCCACAAGGAUGCUGGCCCAUGUUGUGUCAAGUUGGCUGGACGUCCUUUGGGUGGUGGACCAUUCUUGAUACACAUGGGAAACUGUUGAGCAUGAAAAAACAGCAGUGUUGCAGUUCUUGACACACUUAAGAGAGAUAAAAUCUCACCUUCCAGCCUUGUUCACAGAAUCUCACAUAUAAUUCAUGUCUCUUACAAGCCUGACGCCAACUGUUGACAUGGCUGUGAUCUGAAAGGACCAAAAAAUAUGUUAUGAACCAGGAAAGACUGAUGUACACUUUGGAUGCAUUGGAUUUCAAAUGAAAUGUAAACGCAACUUAAGUAAUUUUGUAAUUGGGAUGAACUAUCUUUUAAACUGUGUAUAAAA